UUCAUUCGAAUUAAUUGAUUGGAAUUGCAAUUCUAUGAUCGAAUAAGUUCAAAAUCGUUACACAAAGUCAAUUGGGGAAGCUUUAGAAAUAUAACAUUUAUGUAUAUGUGUAUCAAGAAGCAUUUUUGUGGACACACAACGUAACAAGUUAUAUCCUACCGGAAAAGUUGCCGUUGACACAGUACAAAAUUUGAAACCAGUUCUAAAAGAAAAAAUGUCGUUAUAUGCUCCCAGUCCAAUUGAGGACUCAAGCGAAUCUGAUUUUGUGUGGGACAUAUCCUCUAAUUACAGCGAAUGGUUCACUGACGACUCCAAUGGAAUUGAAAACAAUUCUCCAAAUAUUGGGCAAAAUCAUCACAAUAAUUCGACAGUUAGAGAUGUGAAUGGAACAAAUAAUGUUGUCCUGCAAAGAAUCACAAAAACAGUUUCUGUAAAUUCUAACCAAGGAAGAGAAGAAGACGAAACCAUUGUACCGAAAUCAAAUUUCGAUUCAAGCCAACAUUUCACAAUGUCAAAUGCCACUAAUACUACUGACUUCGUUGGUCAAUUGAUUGUUCCCCUAUCGAAGCAUAAAUUAAAGCAACACUUUUGCGUAUUCUGUAAAACGUUACAAACCAAGAUUUCAAGACAUUUCUUUUUAAAACACAAAAGUGAACAUCGUGUCAAGAUGGCUAUGAAACUUUCUAAAAAGAGUAGGGAACGAUUGAAAAUAAUUUGUGAUCUCCGGAAAGAGGGAGAUUUUCUCCAUAACACAUCGAAGGAUGACAACACCGGCACUCUGAUUGUAAGCAGGCGACAACAAAAAUAUGCGAAUCACAAUGCUGAUGAUUAUGUAUGUUGCGCAAAGUGUAAGGGAUUUUAUUCAAAAUUCGCUGCUAGACACCAUAUCCGUAAUUGCUUGAAACCGAAAAAUUCUAGAAAAAAUUUCAUUGAAGGACGCAAAUUGACGCAGUUUGUGCACCCAAUAGCCAGUAAUGAAAUGAAAUCUAAAGUAUUCCCUGUAUUAAGAAAUGAUAAGAUAACCCAAGCAGUUCGCUAUGAUGAAUUAAUUAUAACGUAUGGAAAUGGCUUAUUGGAGAAACGGGGUGAGAGUAAUUACCAUGAUCCAAUAAGAGCAAAUUUGCGUCUUUUGGGAAGGUUUAAAUUAGAAUUGAUGCGGUUGGAACCGGCAAUUUCCGCAUUGAAAAAUAUAUUUACACCUUCUUUGAUUGACAAAGCAAUUGAGGCUUUUUGCAAAACUGCGAAAUGGGACUACUCCAAACAGAGCUUUCUUACACCAGCGGUAGCUUCUAAUUUAUCAAAAUUAAUUAAAAAAUGCGCACAAUUGCAAAGAAGAGAAUUUUUUACAAAUCAGAAGGAAGACAUGGUAUCUCUACUAGAUGAGUUCGCUGUGCUCUGGGCAGAGAAAACAUCCAUGUUUAUCAACAAAGUUUUUCCUAAAUAUCUGAAGAACCAAAAGGACAUAGUUAGGUUUGAUUUCUCGCGUAAAAAAUCAAGUCAUGAAGAUGCAGAUUCUAAUUUAUAUUCGACUAAGAUAAAUGGUAGUGGAUACAAAACAAAUAAACACUUUGAAAUCUCCUUCCAAAACCAACUAAGCACAACAGCACAAGAGCAAACGUCAGAGUCUUCCAGCGAUACCUCAGAAUCUUUCAGUGAUUCAUCAUCCUACACAUCAGAAUACUCCAUCGAAAAAUAUGAAAAUGACACACGCCACAAAAAAACAUGUUCCAAAAGCCCGUUUGGAAAGGAGAGAUCAUUUCGAUUGACAGAGAGAAAUAACAUCGAGUUGGGUGAUAGUCUUUCAAUUCAAUCUAAGGGACAGGAAACAGCCCUAUCAAAAAAUCAAGACAAUUUUAUAAAAGAACAAAGAAGCAGUAAAGCCGGUUCCGACAAAGAAAAUAUGCCCAAUUCAGUGAAUUUUGAAAAUUUGAUUGUUCCAGUAUCGCAAAACAAGUCUAAACAACACUUUUGUUUGUUCUGCAAAACUUUACAAUGCAAGAUUUCCAGACAUUUGUUUUUAAAACACAAAUGUGAAAAACUUGUCAAAAUUGCAAUGAAGCUUCCAAAGCAUAGUAUGGAGCGUUUGAAAAUCAUUGAUCAACUUCGGAAGGAGGGAGAUUUUCUCCAUAAUACUUCGAAAGAAGAAAACACCGGCACUCUAAUUGUAAGUAGGCGGCAACAAAGGUAUGCAAAGCGCAACGCUGGUGAUUACAUAUGCUGCGCCAAUUGUAAGGGAUUUUAUACAAAAUCUACAGGUGGCGAUCAUUUGCGCAAAUGCCUAAACAAAAAGAGUUAUAAGUCUAAUAAUCGCGCAGGAAGAAUGUCUACUCGGGGCUCAGACAAUGCCAAUGUUUCGAAUAAAGAAAACGUCAACAUUGAGGAAGCCAGGACAAGUAUUUCUUCCUUCAGAAAAAUAAAGCGGACCAGAUGGACUGACGAAGAAAAGCGUGCUAUAAAACUAAUAUUUGGUGACGUUCUUACAAUGGAAAAAUUACCAUCCUUGAAGGAGUGUUCAGAGGCUAUACACAGUAACAAAGCUCUCCGUAAAAGAACUGCUCCUCAAAUCAAAACCUGGAUCGACAAUCAGCGUAGGAAGAAAUAAAUGUAAUAUUUUUGAAACUUUUUACUUAUUUUUACAUUUUCUUAUUUAAUGCCAGUUUUAUGUCUGGUUUGAUUAAACGCAACUCCCCCUAUGUA